AUGGGGUGUAAUCACAGCAUCGACAGUAUACCGAAUCAAAACAAAAAACCCUCAUCACAUGUGAGGAGCCAAACUUUUUCUUCUUACUCAAGCCAAUCUAACGAUGGAGCGUCAUCUCCAUUUAGUAGGGUCCUAGAUAUUUAUGAAGAAACUCAAGUCGAGUCUCGAAAACUCAGAGAUGAGCUCUCAAGCUGUGUACAAAUGACUGAGUCUUCCAUUUCUAAUCUCAGCAAAUCCUUUCAGCAUUUCACGAAGGUUUUUUCGAAGAAAAACCUACACAACUAUAGCAUGUACCAAGAAGACCUCGAAUGUGCCGUUUGUGGGCUCCCAUAUAACACAUUAGAAGAAAAGCCUAUCGAGUUGCCAUGCGAGCAUACUUUUUGUUUGAAAUGUCUUAAAAAAGACUAUGCAGUAAACGGGACAAUAACCUGUAUAAUUGAUAUGACAGAGUUUGAUAUUGAUCCCAUGAGUUUAGAAGAGAAUGGACAGCUAAAAACAUUUGUUGACUCAUCAGACGAGCCGCUUUAUUGUGAAGACCAUAUACUCCCUUUGACAAAGCUCUGCUCUAAAGACAAAAAAUUACUGUGCUCUUUGUGCGAAAGUGAGCAUCACGGGCAUAUAAUUUAUAAUUUAGGAAGUUCUGACAAAGAUGAGAAACUAAAAAUUGAUGAGCUGCUGACAAAGUGGAAAAAAUCUGCUGAGUCUUAUGUCUCCACUCUGAAAGACAGAGUCCAAGAAUUCGAAAAAUGCACAGUUAAAGCAAAACAGGAAGAAAAAACGAUUAGGGAAACAAUUGAAACGCAUAUUGCAGAAGUAAAGCAGGCUAGGAAAAGCAUUAUUGACAAAAUCAAUGAGGCGGCCAUGAAUUAUAUAGAAGCGCUUUCUGAGUCUUCAAAAAAGAUAUUCUCAAUCGCGCCUUCUGGGGAGCUUAAAGAUGCUUCAGAUAGACUGAAUGGUGAAAUUAGCAAAGCAGAAGGAUUUUUGAGAGACUUUGACAGCAAAACUAAUGGUGAAAAGCUGGAAAGGCUUAAAAACUGGGAUAUGGACGUUCCGAAUGAGCUGAAUCCUCCAGAUCUUAGCUCGCUGAUUAGCAUAAAUUCAAAAUUGCAAGAAAUCAAAGAUUUUUAUAGCCUGAUUCUUUCAGAAGCAAUUUACUCCAAAGACAUAAAAUUGUAA